CUUGCGCUCUUGCACGUGAUGAGCUCGCGCAACCACAAGCCCAACACAAACCUCAAAAGAGGCGAGAAGCAGCGAGGACCUAUACGCGGGUGGACCCUCCGACUCCCCUCUCGCACCCCGGAAAGAGCAGCCCCCGGCAGUGGGAUGGCGGGCGCCCAGGCUCCGUGGUCGGGCCGAAAUCGCGGCCGGUGCCGGCUCCUCGCCGGGAACAACCUCCGCACUGUUCCUGCAGGGAGCGGGUGCGAGCCGCCAACCGCGCCCCCGCCGCCCCGGGUGCCAGGGUCAGAUCGGGUGACCGCGCGGGCGUGCGCCCGGCCGUGGGGCAGGCCUCGGGCCAGAAGGAGGGCCCGCCCCGGCCCCGGCCCCGGCCCGGGCCCCGCCCCGCCCGCCACGGCGCAUAUCCCGGGCGCCCGCCGCGCUCGCCCGCCACGCUGGCCCGCACUCAUCGCCUCUGACCGCCACUCGCCCGGCUCGCCUGCACUCGCGCCCACUCCACGCGGCGCCGCCAUGUGUCCCCAAGCCGCCCGAGCGCCGGCGCUGCGGCUCCUCGCGCUGGGCGCGCUGCUGUGCCCGGCGGCCGGCGCCUGGGAGCUCACCAUCCUGCACACCAACGACGUGCACAGCCGGCUGGAGCAGACCAGCGAGGACUCGGGCAAGUGCGUCAACGCCAGCCGCUGCGUGGGCGGCGUGGCGCGGCUCUUCACCAAGGUGCAGCAGAUCCGCCGAGCCGAGCCCAACGUGCUGCUGCUCGACGCUGGCGACCAGUACCAGGGCACCAUCUGGUUCACCGUGUACAAGGGCGCAGAGGUGGCGCACUUCAUGAACGCCCUGCACUACGAUGCCAUGGCACUGGGAAAUCAUGAAUUUGAUAAUGGUGUAGAAGGACUGAUUGAUCCACUCCUCAAAGAGGCCAAAUUUCCAAUUCUGAGUGCAAAUGUUAAAGCAGAGGGGCCGCUAGCAUCCCAAAUAUCAGGACUUUAUUUGCCAUAUAAAAUUCUUCCUGUUGGCACCGAAGUUGUGGGAAUUGUUGGAUACACUUCAAGAGAAACCCCUUUUCUCUCAAAUCCAGGAAGGAAUUUAAUAUUUGAAGAUGAAAUCACUGCACUACAGCCUGAAGUAGACAAGCUGAAAACUCUAAACGUGAACAAAAUUAUUGCACUGGGACACUCUGGCUUUGAAAUGGAUAAACUCAUCGCUCAGAAAGUGAGGGGCGUGGACGUCGUGGUGGGAGGACACUCGAACACGUUUCUCUAUACAGGCAAUCCACCUUCCAAAGAGGUGCCCGCUGGGAAAUACCCAUUCAUAGUCAUCUCCGAUGAUGGACGAGAGGUUCCUGUGGUCCAGGCCUAUGCUUUUGGCAAAUACCUAGGCUAUCUGAAGGUUGAGUUUGAUGGAAAAGGAAAUGUCAUCACUUCACAUGGAAAUCCCAUUCUUCUCAACAGCAGCAUUCCUGAAGAUCCAAGCAUAAAAGCAGACAUUAACCAAUGGCGGAUAAAAUUAGAAAAUUAUUCUACCCAGGAAUUGGGGAGAACAAUUGUCUAUCUGGACGGCACCACUCAAUCAUGCCGCUUUAAGGAGUGCAACAUGGGCAACCUGAUUUGUGAUGCUGUGAUUAACAACAACCUUAGACACUCGGAUGAAGUGUCCUGGAACCAUGUGUCCAUGUGCAUUUUAAACGGAGGUGGCAUUCGGUCGCCCAUUGACGAGCGGAACAAUGGCACGAUUACCUGGGAGAACCUGGCUGCUGUGAUGCCCUUUGGAGGCACCUUUGACCUGGUCCAACUAAAAGGCUCCACCCUAAAGAAGGCCUUUGAGCACAGUGUGCACCGCUACGGCCAGUCCACUGGAGAGUUCCUGCAGGUGGGCGGAAUUCAUGUGGUGUAUGAUCUUUCCCGAAAACCCGGGGACAGAGUGGUCAAGUUAGAUGUUCUUUGCACCCAGUGUAGAGUGCCCAGUUACGAGCCUCUCAGAAUGGAUAAGGUCUAUAAGGUGAUCCUCCCGAACUUCCUCGUCAAUGGUGGAGACGGAUUCCAGAUGAUAAAGGACGAAAUGUUAAAACAUGACUCUGGUGACCAAGAUAUCAACGUGGUUUCUGGAUACAUCUUAAAAAUGAAAGUAAUUUAUCCAGCAGUUGAAGGUCGGAUCAAAUUUUCUGCAGGAAGUCAUUGUCAUGGAAGCUUUUCUCUAAUAUUUCUUUCAUUUUGGCCAGUGAUCAUUGUGUUAUACCAAUAGCCAAAAAUUCUCCUUGCCAUUAAUGUGUGGAACUGCAUUUUUUCUCAUGUGAGAUUCAAGUCUGCCUUUUAGGAACUGGCUUUGUGAUGGUGUAGACCAUCCUCGCAGGCUCCUACAAGCUGAGCUUAUAGGGUCAUAAAUGAAGACAUUGACAUUAUCACUCAGGAUCAGCAACUUAGCAAGCACACAGGAAAAGAAAUGAAAAUGGGCCCUAAGAGGGGAAGGCCAACCAUCUUUAGUUUACAUGUACAAAUUUUAAUAACUUUUUUAAAAAUUUUAAACCAUAGAAAUCAUUUUCCUCCUUUAUAUCCAUUCUAAUCCACCAAACAACUUAUGUUUACAUAGAAUUUCAUCAUUUACAAGGGAGUUUUCAGCACAUUAUCUUACUUAAUGCCCAUAUCUUUCUUUGGUAGGCAAGACAUGUACUGUUUUUCCCAUUUGACAGAAGAGGAAACUAGAGCUCAGAAAGAGUUGACUUGUUCAAGUCAUACAGCUAAAAGUGACAGAUCCGAGACCUGCACCUAGGUCUUCUAACCUCAAGCCCAGCACUCUUUCAACUAUAUCCAAUCAAUCACUGUUCAGAAUGAUACUCAAUGGUCUCCUCUAUUCAUAACUAUCGAUAGCCACAAGCUCAUGGAUGACAAGUCUGCUUUAUUUCUGGUCUCUAUUUUUUUCCUUUUUAGCUCCUGUUGUUAUAACGAGUUUAAUGGACUAAACAUAGGGCAGCAUUCUGUCUUGCACCCAUGUGCCUUUGAUGAAUCAGGGAACAAAUGGUGCCGCAGAUAAUGAGAAAGGCCAGAGACUGCAAAAGGCAGUCAAGGGGCAGGGAGGAAGACAAGGGAAGAACAGGCCACUCAGGACCGAUUUACAUUACAGAAGAGAAAGAGCUGAAGGGCAUUUAGAUUUGUUAAAUAGAUUUUUGCUGAGGAGCAGCAUAGAGCCUGACACAUGGUAUUAGCUGUUAAUAAUUUUAUGAGAUUCCAUCAGUCCUGCCUUCCUUCUUCCUAACGUGAAGAUGUCAUGAGAAGAGAACCUUCUAAGACAAGGUAUAAUUCUAAACCUGCACCUGUUCCUCCCCAGCAAGAUGCCAGCACUGUACUUAUCCUAGUCACACACACACACUCUCUCCCCUUCCUAUCCUGGUUAUGGAAAACCCAGAGGGGAGACAAGGGUUGAUUUUUGAAAGUGGCAUACGUAAGAAGUUUGACGUCAGCUCUGCCGCCAUGUCCGAACAAUCACUCUAAGUCCAUCUCAAGUACAGAUAUGAGAUCUCCUGCCCGGGAGUGGGCCCCUCAGAAUGGGUGCUCAGGGAACACCUAGACUGAUGAAAUGAUUUAUGCCCAAAGAUCAAAUCCUUGCUUAAGGUAGUAGUGAUACCAUGUGAGCCUGCUCAGCACUGCAUAAAUAAUUCAGCAAGAAAUGGGAACCUUCACCUUAAAAAACAGUGAGCAAACAGCAGCUAGAGGUUUGGAGAAGGAAUAUGUUUGUUUCUUAAUGGUUACAAAUAUUAAGUUCUCUUGAUACAAAAUAUACUUUUAAAUUUCAUAACCUCUUUAUAAAGGUUGCUGCAGUAAAAUAAUGCCCUCAGUUCUAUGCAUAUACGAUUAGUUAUAAAUAAACAAAUGUCAGUAAGAUUGUAAGAGGAAAAUUAGAGAAAGGUGUAUUUGGGGUAUAUUUUUUAUGCUUGGUCAGUAAAAUAGGAUAAAUUCUAUUGGAGCACAAAUUUUUAAAAAACAUUUUUGUAAGUUUUCUAAAUAUGUGUGCAUGUAUUGUGCACUGGUUUAAGAAAUGACCUCAAAACACUUUGCAACUGUUGAUUCCAAACAGUAAAAUUAAAGAUAUGCUCCAUGUUUUUGGUGGUUAUUUCUUCUCUCAAGAAAACACCUAUAACCCAACACACUAUGAGUGAAGGAAAACUCUUUGACAGUUUAUCACUGGUAUCGUUUCCCUUGACCAUGAGCCCCUUGCCAUCUUAUAACCCUCCCUAUCCCCCUUCUCAUCCAAAAAAUGAGAAGAACGAUACAUGCAAUUUUUAGGUAGAACAGUAAAUAAAGGGUGUUUUAAGCAAGACAACUAAAUUUUCUGGCUUUCAUGUACAGAAUCUAAUAUAGAAACCAUUUUGAGGCCUGUAGUGGUUUCCUAAAAAAAAUGUCCACGCUAGAUAGUGUUGGCGAUUUUAACUAAUUUAUCUGAACUGGCUGUGCAUCUAAGAAUCUUCCUCAAGCAUACUGUUGACACAACAGACCAGUUGUUACAUCUUGGUCAAUCUCACACCUUAAGUCCAUUGGUGGCAGAGCUGCCUUCAGCAGUUUGCAACAAAGAGUAAGCUGGGUUUCUCAGAAGAAAGUUUAGGCUGCUAAUAGUUGUCUAUUAGAAGAAGUUGCUCCCUCAGGGACUGUGUGAUCCCAUGGAUGCAUGUCUAGGCUUGCCAAAAUUAGGGAAGGCCCCUGAUUAGUUUCCUGGGGCUGCUGCAACAAAGUGCACAAAUUGGGUGGCUUUAUACAUCAGAAAUCUACCAUCUCACAGUUCUGGAGGCUAGAAGUCUGAGAUCAAGUUGGCAGGGUUGGUUCCUUCUGAGGGCUGUGAGGGACAAUCUGUUCCAGGCCUCUCUCCUACUUUCUGGUAGCCUCAGGCAUUCCUUGCCUUAUAAAUGGUAUUCUCCUCAUGUUUUUACAUCCUUUUCCCUCUGUGCACGUCUGUCUCUGUGUAUAAAUUUCCCCUGCUUGUAAGGAAACAGUUAUACUGGAUUAGGCCCACUAAUGACUUUAUUUUAAUCAUAUACAAAAACCCUAUUUCCAAGUAAGGUCACAUGCACAGGUACUGGCGGUUAGGACUGAAGUCCUGCCACAGGACCUCAGCAUCUUUUUGGGGGAAACAAUUCAACCCAUAACAGUCCCCUGGCAUGAUCAGCUGGGCAGCCCAGAGGCAACCAGCAGCUUCUGUGUCCGAUAUAUUCUGCAAAUGAAAGGUUAUAAUUAAUAUUAUUUUUGUACUGGUAAAAUCAUAUACAUUUUUGAAGUUGAUUUGGUUCAACUAUAGCAAAUCAAAAGGAACCAGUUUUCCUACCUAAUGCAGUCAAAAGGAGGAGCUUUAAACUUUUGUAACAAAUUGGGAGAUUACUAGUGAGUAGUACUGAGGCCUCUAUGAACCUGAAUGAAAUACUUUAUGAAAACAUUCAGUUAACAAAUAAGCUAGUCAGGAUAUGAAAACAGUUUAACUCUGAUCCAUGACAAGGAUGCCUGGCGUAUUAUAAACAACAAUGGAAAUUUAUAGACUCAUUAUUCAUGAGGAUUCUUGGUUGCAAAAAACAAGAAAAUGUCUGUAAGCAGAGACAUAUCAGAAGGAUAUUAGCUAGCUCCCAGAAGCAUCAAGAAGCAUGGAGAGUGAAGCCCAGAAAAUGGAGAGCAAGCAAGGAAAGUGAGGCACUGCCACAGGAGCAGUCUUCCUCAGACACCGCACUGGUGCUGCUGGGUUCACCUCCACCCACAAGGCCUUUGACUUCCUGUGCCUCCCUUCACAUGGAUCAUCUAAUGAGCUGAGCCUGGUUCAGGCCCAAACUUUCAUCAAGAUAGACGGCUGAGUGAGGAUUUUACUCCAGCCUUUUGGCUUCCAUACUGAAAAUCGAUGCCUCCUCUCCCAAUUACCUUGGAAUUCCCCCAAAUAAAUAUGUUCAAUUCUGCACAAUCAAAAAUGAGAAAUGGCUCCUAUGAAUACUGAGAAUUUUUAAGUACAACCAAUAUGUAUGAAAUGAUACGUUAAAAACAAAAACAUUACCUUCUGAGUUUGUCUUGAAAAUUAUACUGAGUUCUUAACUUGCUCAUCAACAAUGUACAUUCACGUGUGUGAUAUUCAGAUUUUUAAGAAAGCCAAAAAUGCCAUAAAAGUAAACAACACUGCAACCUUUUUUUUGGUAAGACAAUCACUAAAUAAUUUGUAAGCAUAUUAGUAAUGAAAUCAGCCUCUAAGAUAUGUUGAUAUUAUUUUAUAAAGAAAAAUAAAUGUGACUAAUCAAAUUUCUAA